AUGACCUUAAUGAAAGAGAGUUUCCACGGGACUCUUCCUCCUGAGGUGGCCAAAGCCAACAUGGACAGCACUAGAGAGAAGGAGGAGGCUUUGCUGCAAUCUGUGAUGAGGACUGGAGCAGCGGCGCCAAGGAAGCGAGCGGUGGGAAGGCUGGUCAUGCACAGCAUGGCGAUGUUCGGCCGGGAGUUCUGCUAUGCCGUGGAGGCCGCCUUUGUCACGCCGGUGCUGCUCAGUGUAGGGCUGCCCAAGAACCUCUACAGCCUAGUGUGGCUCAUCAGCCCUAUCCUGGGCUUCGUGCUGCAGCCUGUGGUAGGUUCCGCCAGUGAUCACUGCACCUGUAGCUGGGGCAAGAGGCGACCUUACAUUCUGGGUCUGGGCAUCAUAAUGCUGUUAGGCAUGGCUUUGUACCUCAAUGGGGACGUGAUGAUCUCAGCUUUCAUCAGUGAGAGAGACAAGCGGCGGACGUGGGCAAUAGUCAUUACCAUGCUGGGAGUGGUGCUUUUUGAUUUUGCAGCUGAUUUUAUUGAUGGCCCCAUCAAAGCGUAUUUAUUUGAUGUCUGCUCUCAUGAGGAUAAAGAGAAGGGUCUGCAUUACCACGCCCUCCUUACAGGUUUAGGAGGAGCCCUGGGUUACCUGACAGGUGCUAUGGAUUGGGGUCAACUUGUACUAGGAUAUUCCCUGGCAUCGGAGUUCCAGGUGAUUUUCUUCUUCGCAGCCUUGGUUUUCCUAACCUGCCUUACUGUACAUCUGCACAGUAUUCCUGAAGUCCCACUCAGAUAUGAAAAUGAAGAGACAAAGUUCUUGUUGGAAGUGACUGAAUCCUAUAAAUAUAGCUCCAUAGAGGAGGAAAUCAAGAAUAGUUACUUAAAAUCAACAUGUACUGAAAUAAAGGCUGCAGCUGAACCAGGGAAAUACGCUGAUCAAAGGCGGAUGACCCUUAAAUCACUCUUGAAGACACUUUUAAGCAUGCCAUCCCACUAUCGCUGUCUGUGUGUGAGCCACCUCUUUGGAUGGAUGGCUUUCCUGUCCAACAUGCUCUUCUUCACGGAUUUCAUGGGACAGGUUGUAUACCAGGGUAGUCCUUACGCACCUCAUAACUCCACGCUUUACCUUACCUACAAAACAGGAGUAGAGAUGGGAUGCUGGGGGCUGUGCAUCAAUGCAAUUUCUUCAUCACUCUAUUCUUACCUGCAGAAAAUACUUCUGCCAUACAUAGGAUUAAAGGGACUUUAUUUCACCGGAUAUCUACUUUUUGGAUUGGGUACUGGAUUAAUUGGCUUGUUUCCCAAUGUCUAUUCCACUCUGGCUCUAUGUUCACUCUUUGGCGUCAUGUCCAGCACGCUGUAUACAGUGCCAUUCCACCUCAUUGCAGAGUAUCAUAGGGAAGAAGAAACAGAAAGGAAGCAGAGAGAUGGGGAACAAGCUGGAGAGCACGGGCGAGGGAAGGGCAUCGACUGUGCCGCUCUUACUUGCAUGGUCCAACUGGCCCAGAUCAUUCUUGGUGUGGGCCUGGGGCUCUUGGUUAGUGUUGCUGGCAGCGCAGUCACUGUGAUUUCAGCAUCUAUGGUGGCACUGAUCGGCUGCUGCUUUGUUGCUUUUUGCGUUCGAUUUGUGGAGUAG